AUGGCAGGGACGGCUUUAAAGCUAUGGCAAGCCCGCGCCUCGACUUCAAUCGUGCUGCCCUCCGGCUGCGACUCCAUCGACGAACUGCUGCAUGGUGGUUUCCGCUCCGGUAUCUUGACUGAAAUCUGCGGCGAAGCUUCCGCGGGCAAGACGCAGCUGUGUCUGCAGUUGCUGCUACAGUGCUGUCUGCCACGAUCGCUCGGUGGGCUACAGGGCACAGCCUGCUAUAUCUGCACAGAGGGCGUGGGCUCCGUCAAGCGUCUGCACGAUCUCGCUCAGGUGUAUGCAAAGCGAUACAGUGGGGUCAUGGGCGUUGGUGCCAAGCGGAAGCGAGGCGAACAGAGUUCCAACUUGACUAGCAGUGACUUUCUGGACGGCAUCUUCGUCGAGCAGCUCUACACCGUCGACGACCUCAUGGAUCUUGUGCAAGCGCGACUUCCGGCGCUGCUGGCCGAGCAGAACACCAAGCUGGUGGUGUUGGACUCGGUUGCAGCUGUCUUUCGUCUAGAAUCAACGUCUACUGUCAAGGAAGCUGCGGAGCGCUCGCGCACCAUGUUCCACAUGGCCAACUGCAUGCGCAUCCUGAGCGACCAAUACGGCGUCGUGUUCGUGGUGACCAACCAAGUUACGGGCGACUUUGACCCUCGCUCAAACGGGAACGGGCUGCGGCCAGCGCUGGGGCUAUCGUGGUCGCACUGCAUCAACCAACGCCUCAUGAUCAUGCGGCAUAAGGACUCCACGCGUCGUCGACUGGACGUAUCCUACUCGCCGUACCUGCCAGCUGAGACCUGUGCGUUCCAAGUCACGAAUGAAGGUGUGCGACCGUCGGACGGAGACUGA